GAGACACACGGCGCGGUAUUUCAUCGCGGUGCCUUUCAGUUGUGGCUCCGCCCAAAACAGUGUUGCCUGACCAACAAUACAGUCACACACAAAAAAAUAAUUCUCCAUACAUUUGCUUCUGCAAAUUUAUAUAUAAUAAAAGGUUGCGGGAAAACAUAUUAAGUUAAAAUCUGCAUACAUUUAUGCAAACCGACAAGGUACUAUAUGUAGUGCUACAUUAUCGGCUGUAUAUGGAAUAAUCUAGUAUUGAGGUGUUGGUAACAAUUGCAGCAACCCGGGGAAGCAGGGGAAGGCAAGGACUGCGAUAAAGCGUCGGUGUUGCUUCUUGUUGGUUAGGACUUUCUACAAGUACAGAGAUGGUGCUGACUAAGCGCCGGAAAAGACUUUUAUUGCUAAAAAUGAAAGUUCUUAUCAUCCAAAAACGCCUGGAAGAAGAACGCCGGCGCAGAUGGUGGGUCCGACCCUCGUGGAGAACGCGCCACGCCGAGAGCGAGUUUUUCACCACGGUACGUAUCGUGUGAUUUGUUGCCGCGAGUUCAAUGAUGCUAAUUAGACGCACCAGCACCUGUAGACAGCUUAAAAUUCGAUUUGAGCUAUUUCACGCGCGACGAGAUCGCUCAUCGCCGUCGCUCGCCGCUCGAUGCGAUGUUUUGAGCGACUAGCUAACGAAAAGCCGGUGGGCAUCUGUGGCAGUGUUUCGUGUGUUCAGCGCGUCAAAUAUUUUUAACUCGAGAAUCAAAAGCCCAAGAAACUCACCUCUGUCCGGAAUUAAAUGCAUGUUUCAAAAAGUUGGAAAAACAGGACGUGCUAUGUUUAGUAAACUUCACGUGAGGUAGCAAUAGAAGACGACAUGAGUGACAACUUCGAGUCUGCCGUUCGGGCGUCACACGGCGCACUUCUGAUCGCGAGCCCAAUCCGUAUCGAAUUUAUCAUUCGUGAUUGGCUCCUGUGCGCGAGGGAGCUAAUCGCAGUCGAGAAUUUUGAUCCGGAUCGGGCUGAUCGCGGUCAAAAGUGGUCGUCUGACGCCUGUAUGUAAAAGGCCACCGCGCUGCUUUCAUUGGCAAUCGAAUAGAUGACGCGACCGUGAUCCCCAUCGUGUCGCUAGGCUUUUUGCUCGAAUGGGGACUGUACCCACAUAUAUCGCCGACUCAAGUGCAAGUUCAAAUUAUUCGUCAAGUGCUUUCUGCGAUAUUUGUUGGUGUGCUUGAAAAGAAAAUUAAUAGAAGUCUACAUCCUAUUGCAGAUAGAAAAAAUGCGUGAUGGUGACAUCGAGUACUUCAAGAAGUACUAUCGCAUGGUCCCCCAGCAGUUUGAUUUUAUAUUGAGCCUUGUCGGAAGAGACCUGGAUAGGCAAUAUUGCAUCAGAGAGCCAAUUUCUUCUGCAGAACGACUGGCCAUGACGCUCAGGUAUCUGUCUUCUGGAGACCUCAUGCAGGAUAUUGCGCUCUCCUUCCGGGUGGGCAUAUCCACUGCACGCCUGGCUGUCAGAGUCACAUGCAGGGCACUGUGGCACAGGCUUCAGCCAAUAUACAUGCCCAAGCCAGACGUUGCUGCAUGGCUGCGCACUGCGGAAGGAUUCGGCCGCACAUGGCAGUUCCCAAACUGCAUUGGUGCCGUUGAUGGCAAACAUGUCCACAUCAAGCGACCCAAGAACUCCGGCACAAUGUAUUUUAAUUAUAAGGGCACGUACUCCAUCGUUCUCCUUGCCAUAGUCGAUAGUGACUACAAGUUUGUGGUCGUGGACAUUGGCGCCUAUGGCAAGCAGAGCGAUGGCGGAGUCCUCCAGCAGUCGCAGUUUGGGCAGCGCUUGGAGCAAGGCCAGCUGCAACUUCCGAGAAGCUUGGCACUGCCAAACACCAUGCAGCAAGCUCCAUGUGUGUUUGUUGGUGACGAGGCUUUUCAGCUCCGGCCAGACUUCCUGAGACCAUACCCUGGACGAGAGCUUGAGGACAAGAAGCGGAUCUUCAAUUACCGCCUGAGCAGAGCAAGGAGGUGUGCAGAGAACGCCUUCGGAAUCCUCGUGACACGCUGGAGGAUUCUCGAGAGGACAAUGGGCGAAAAUCCCAAGAAUGCCGAAGAGAUUGUUAAAGCCCUUUGUGUGCUGCACAAUUUCCUUAUGCAUAGGAGCGCAGAGGGUGACGAUGCAUACUGCGGCCCUGGAUAUUCGGAUUCCAUCAAUGGCUUUGGGCUCCGACGGUCUGGCCACUGGCGUCAGCAGCUAGUACAGCCACCUUUGCAAGUGGCUCGCACCCAGGCACGCAAUUUUGCCCAAACAGCUCGGCAUGUCAGGGAAAUUUAUGCUGAUUAUUUCAGCAGUACUGCGGGAAGUGUGUCCUGGCAGGAUGCAAUACUGCACCACUGAAGUAGCAUGGAUGCUUUGUUGUUUUCAAGUUUGUUCUGCAUUUUGGUCUGAUUAAUUCAAGCAUGUCUUUUUACAUCUCACUCACACAUAUAAGAUGUACGUUCAUUGUGGUUGGCAGGGAAGUGGCAAGAACUGUUUUCGCAACUGAACAUUCAUAGGUCUUUUCUACGAACCUAAUUGGCAGCUUUACAUUGCGACGUCCUUUAUUUAUUUGUGCAACCUUUUUACAAAGUAAUUUUGCUUUUCUUUUUUUCUGGCGGGUCAUGUGCACGUGGUUUGUAAACGGUCGUCUUAUCAUUCUUUUUUUCUUUUUCUCAAGUGCAUGCGCAUGAUCAGCGCAUGAUCAUAUAAAACUUGAUUACUCAUAUGUCAACGAUUACGAAUCGUCACAUGCAAAUGCACACACUCAUAAAUGAUUUCGCCAACCUGACCGGGCUACUCCAGAUUUCACUCGUGUGGGAUAAAUUAAUGUUUAAUUCUGUAUGCGUUCAAUAACAGUGGAUACCUCAGGAUGGUUUCAAUGACCUCAUAUCUCUGCGAAGAUCGAGGCUUGGGGGAGUCAAGAACUACAUACAUUUGAAGCCACAGGCAUUUUUCUUCAUAUUAUUGUCCAUACAUGUUUUUGUAAUUGCUUGAGGGUUGUGUUCGGUGUGAUACUCUUCACGGUCACAACAGUUUCCAUAAAUCAAAAGAUGACCACCUACGGGUUGCCUCAUGUAAAACGAUCCACAUAUCACUAUUGUGUGACGUCAUCCUCAAUAAAUUCAAGCUUUCAGAGUAUCGAAGGCAAAAUCACGAUCGUGAGCUUGUUGAGCGUCGUCAGUAGCGCAUAUUUCGAAGGGAAGCACAGCAAUAUUGCAAGCACAAUUGGUUUGAACCUGAAGCACAUCACUGCAAGCUUCAAUCCGCCGAAGUGCCUGCCGACACUCAAGCUCCUAAUAAUUUUUUUCUUGAACUUCACUUUUGCAUCACAUUUCUUGGCUUUGAGAUGUGUUCAUGAAGACCGGGUCGUGUGUCGUCUUAGGCUCAGGCCGUUCCGUUUUAUGAAGUUCGUGACCCAUUUCUUGGAUACUUUGAACUCGGUUCGCGGGAUGCACAUAUCCUGCGCGACAGUACGUGCUUUAGCUUCAAUAUCAGCGUAGCAAACACUCAGGCUCUUGCUUAUCUGGUCUUGAACCCAAUCUGGAACCACCUCCUCAACGGCAGGGUAUCGUGCUGACUUGGGUUUGCGAAAGAAACGGCGUGUACCAGUGCACGCUAAGAUAGAGCAUGUCACGUGGUUUAGUUCCCUGCGAAGCGUUGCCAGCCUACACGGUGCUGCCAGCAUUUCUGUGGAACACCCACGGUUCGUCAACAAAGUGUUUGUCGUAUGAAAACAAAACUUUAGGGCUUAUCCCAAGAUAAAUUCCUCUUUUUUAAGCAGUCUGCUUUCGCACCAUGUCUGAUAGCUAUUGCGGAAUUUUACAUGCACGGCGUGAUACUAUCCGCAGCUCGAUUGAAACUACUUUCGACCCUACAGAUAAGUUGACUUUAUGAUUCUGCGUAUAGUCCGACUCCGAUUAUAGGUUGACCACCGAACUUUGGAAGGUCAUUUUAUGAAAAGUUAUGUCGACUUGUAAUUGGCAAUAUAUGGUAAUUUAGUUGUGGAAUCGCGCUGUGAACCAGUGUCCAUAUUUUCCGCGAGGAAUCAAUAUAUUUUUGUAUUCAAGAAUGGAAAUAUAGAUAAUAGUCCUCAACAUAAUGUUUGCACACGGCACACUUAUCUGUGAGCCAUUCUUUCAGCCUAGCAUGUGUUUCCAUAUAUAAAACUCUGCCGUUGUCGCGGUGCGAAAGAAAUAGUGAGUAUCAGCAUUACGUUGCAUCUGGCCGCUCGAGCAGCCGUUGGCAAAGCAGGACCGUAUACAUAACUUCUUCCUGUUAUAAGACGCCGAAACACUUCUGCGUUAAACUUUUAAUCGGAACAACUGCCACACGUCACACGACACCAACAACACGACCGCAGUAGCAACAUACGAACCAGCACCACGGAAAUGAAUCCAGAAGUGACAGAAGACGCGAUUGCAGCGCCACUAGUUCGCAUGACCACCACUGCGGCCACCUCCCGAGCGGAGCUCUGAAACUCGAUUGCAGCGCUACUGCUUCUAGUGUUGGCCCUCGCAUCCAAUAGUGGCCUUUGAAAUUCUCAAGCUCCAUCAUCUUAAAGGGGUUGUAUCGCAACUACACAGUAAACUUGACAGCUGUUGAAAUGUAGUGUUACUUCAAAAGCUUAUGGCGCCACUGACAAAAGUGAAAAUUGUGCAUUCCCAAAAUGUAGCAAACCCUGAAAAUUAUCCUAGAUAUCUAAACAGCAUUUUCAUUAGUGUAUUACAUGUGUUAGUGUCACGUUUCCUUAUUUUGUAUGGACGGUUGGUUUUAUACGAGCACUCUGGCAGCAUUGAGGCUGCAGCAAAUGACAAUCUCGUUCUGUGCCUGAAAAUAAAUUAUUUUUACAAGCCAAAUAGUUUAUUGCUAUUCUUUUUAUCUUAACAGGAUAUUGGGAAUGCAGUCACAUUGUUUUUACAUUUCGCUGGCUUCCUUGUUGCAAUAAAAACCUGGAUCAGAUGUUCCUUUACAUCUAAAAAAUAACACUCUUGAGCCUAAAGUGAAUAUUAGAUUUUUUCUUAAUCAUAUUACUUAAGUGGAAUAUAACAGCAAACAAUAUACUGUUGGCAUACACCCAGCUGCGGUUUACUGCUUUUUGAAAUCUUUGGCUCAAGUUACGUGAAACACCAGGUACAUUUGUGUCACAUUUACUGUAAUGGAUGUCCUUGCUGUAAUCUUCUAUUACUUGAUCUAGUAACCUAUAUGCGUGGAAGGCUUAGGAGUGAGGAUCAACGGCGAAUAUCUCGGCAACCUUUGGUUUGCAGAUGACAUUGUCCUAUUCAGCAACAAUGGAGACAAAUUACAGCAAAUGAUAGAGGACCUUAAUUGAGAAAGUGUAAGAAUUGGGUUGAAGAUGAAUAUGCAGAAGACAGAUAAUGUUCAAUAGCCUGGCAAGGGAACAAGAAUUCAGGAUCGCCAGUCAGUCUCUAGAGUCUGUAAAGGAGUACGUUUGUCUAGGUCAAUUACUCACAGGGGACCCUGAUCAUGAGAAAGAAAUUUACCGAAGAAUAAAAUUGGGUUGGAGUGCAUACGGCAGACAUUGCCAAAUCCUGACUGGGAGCUUGCCACUGUCGUUGAAAAGAAAAGUGUACAGUCAUUGCAUUCUACCGGUGCUAACAUAUGGGGCAGAAACUUGGAGGUUAACAAUGAAGCUCGAGAACAAGUUAAGGACAGCACAAAGAGCGAUGGAACGAAAAAUCUUCGGACUAACGUUAAGAAAAAGGAAGAGAGCGGUGUGGAUCAAAGAACAAACGGGGAUAGCCGAUAUUAUAGUUUACAUUAAGCGGAAGAGAUGGAGCUGGGCAGGCCAUGCAAUGCGUAGGAUGUAUAACCGGUGGACCAUUAGGGUUACGGAAUGGAUACCAAGAGAAGGGAAGUGCAGUCGAGGUCGGCAGAAAACCAGAUUGGGAUGAUGAAGUUAGGAAAUUUGGAAUACGCUAGCGCAAGACAGGGGUAAUUGGAGAUCGCAGGGAGAGGCCUUCGUCCUGCAGUGGACAUAAAAUAUAGGCCGAUGAUCAUGAUGCAUGUUUUCCAUACUGCUAAAUUUCCUAAUGGGAAUUGCAGUAGGAAUGAAUAAAUGGUGCAUUCAGUAUGGUCUGCAUACUGAAGUUGCAAUGAAGCUCUAGUUUUAGUGAUCCGUGUGGACCCAAUGUGUCUAGUACAUGAAAAUUGUAGACAGAACUCCGGCACACAGAAGAGUAUUUUCACACACAUUUAUUUAUUACCUUCAUGUGCAUGCACACUAAUUAGCAUCGUGAUGCCGCAAAAGUGGGCCUACUCCGGGACUCAGCAUGGUUGGGAUUUGUCCCGCUUGGUAAUGCAUAAGCACUUCCAAUAGGUGCACCUUGCACUGGGCCCUGAGCCGAAUUGGAACAUUGUCCAUGUGCUCUGCCAGUGAAAGGAGAAAUUGCUCUGUUCGGUCCAGCUUUUCUUCCCUGAGUUGGGAGUCCACUCUGGCCAUUAAAAUGUCUGUGGCAGAUUUUCUCUUGUGUUGUCUGUUUGUUUGUGUGUUAGUGCGUGUGUUAGUGGAGACUGUUUGAGGUGUUGAUGUUUGAGAGCAAGGAGAAAGGGAAGGCUGUGAAGAUGGAGGGGGGUCGUGGGGUAAAAUACUUGAAAGGGGUGUAGACGAUCGUGUG